AUGGCGGCAUCCAGAGUUAAGGUGAUCAAGGAUAUGACGAGAGCCAUCGAGACUCGCCUCAUCAUACAAUGGCUUCUCUUGCGGGGGGACAAGAGGAUGGUCCGCCACCUCUUCCAUAGGAGGAAUCGUGUUAAACAAUUUGACAUAGUCGAGGAGGGUGGUGAUGUUUUCCUACCCGGUGAUUCAGAGUUCAUUGAAAGCAACUCUGUUGCUACGUCUCCAGCCAGUGUGGUUCAGGUAGCCGAGGAGAUGGACGGUGCCAUGAAUAUGGAAGAUGACUACUAUGAUGAUGCAUAUCCACUGGAGACGACGAAGGAGGAACAAGAGGAGGAAUUCAAAUUGGAGGAUGAUAUAGACAAGGUGGCUGACCUCUUUAUCCAAAGAUUUCAUCACCGGAUUUGGUUGCAGAAGCAGCAAUCUGACGAAGUGAUCCAUGCUUGA